CCUCCUGCGAGAGGCCGACGGACUUGUCGGCCGGGCGCCGGGCACUGGGCUGUGGACGGGCUCCUGGCCGUGCACCGCAUCGUGCCCUUCCCCGCGUCUCGCUGCUCACCAUGCCCAAGCGGCUCUCCCGGGCCCGGCCGGGGCUGCCCGCUGCCGGCGCCUUCCUCGCCUCCUCCUCCUCCUUCCGGCUGUUGCUGCUGCUGCUGGCGCCCGUGCCCGGGGCGCUCGGCGUCGGCCUCUACACUCCAGACGACUCGGUGGUGGUGUUUGCGGCGGACACCCUGGAGCGCAGCAUCUUCAACUCCAGCAGCGCUUGGGUGGUCGAGUUUUACGCGUCCUGGUGCGGCCACUGCAUCCACUUCGCCCCCACCUGGAAAGCGCUGGCCAACGACAUCAAAGAUUGGAGACCUGCUGUGACUCUGGGGGUCCUAGACUGUGCUGAUGCGAGCAACCAGAAAAUCUGCUCGGAUUUCGGGAUCACCGGCUACCCAACACUGAAGUUUUUCAAGGCAUUCUCCAAGAAGCCCGAGGAUGGUGUCCGACUUCACCAUAAAGGAGACGACAUUCGGAGCCUGAGAGAGUCCAUCAUCACCUCAUUAGAGAGCCACAGAGACCUGUGGCCUCCUGCCUGCCCCCCACUGGAGCCAAUUAGUGCGGCAGAACUUCACGACUUCUUCCACACAAACAACGUGACUUAUUUGGCCCUGAUAUUUGAAAAGGAGGACUCCUUUUUGGGCAGAGAGGUAACACUGGACAUGCUCCAGUUUGAGAACAUUGCAGUGAGGCGCGUCGUAAAGAGCAACGAGGAGCUCGCGAGGAGCUUCAAUGUUACCACCUUCCCUUCUGGCACCCUCCUUGUCAAGAAUGGCUCAUGCCGCAGCAUCCCUGCGCAUGUUAACUCGAGGCCACUUUACACAGACUUCCUGAAGAAACUGCCUGGGGUUGUUCGAGGAGACUCCUUCAAGCCCACUGUGCCGCCAACUUUAAUACCACCUACUACACCUGGGCCCUGGAAGGUGAUAGACAGGAGAAAAUUGUACAUGGCUGAUGUAGAAUCUGCAGUGCUUUACACUCUAAGGAGAGAGGCAACACGAUACGAAUUCCUCGAGAAAGAACAACUCUCCGCCCUGAAGCAGUUUGUGGCUGUAUUGGUCAAGUACUUUCCUGGACGCCUGGCGGUCAUGAACUAUCUUCGCAACCUGGACCGGUGGCUGAAGCAAAAGACAAGCGUUUCCAAGAGCGAGUGGGAGGAAGCUCUGAGGAAUAAAAACGAGCUUCCAAACGCCUGGCUGCCAGAGAAUCCAACCUGGGUAGCAUGUCAAGGGAGCAAGCGAGGUUUCCCGUGCGGCCUCUGGACUCUCUUCCAUCUCCUGACGGUGCAGGAAGCACUGCUUAGCCCUCAACCUCACGCACCACCAGAGGUCCUCUCCGCAAUGAGAGGGUACGUCCACUACUUCUUUGGCUGCCGGCAGUGUGCAGACCACUUUGAAGCCAUGGCAGCAGAGUCCAUGAACAAAGUGAGGAACAAAGAUGGCAGCAUUCUCUGGCUUUGGACAAGGCACAACAGAGUCAACGCUCGCUUGGCAGGCACUGCAAGUGAGGACCCCAAAUUCCCCAAGAUCCAGUGGCCUCCCAAAGUUUUGUGUUGGUCAUGCCAGAUAACCAUCAACGGAAGGCUCAUGUGGGACGAGAGGGCCGUUCUGAGAUUCUUCAAGAAACAUUUCUCGCGGAGCAACAUUUACCUGGAUUUCCUCAAAGCUGAGAAAGGGCUUCGGGUCAGACAGGGCCGAGAUGUUGAGGAGAGAGACUACGAAGCCGACAGGAAGCUGGAAGGAGGAGGAGGAGGAGGACAAGAGACUGGCAGAGGAGAUGAAGAGGCCUUUGAGGAAGAGAAGAAGAGGACAGAGAGGAGGAGACCUGGUUUCGAACGAUCAGGCUCCCUGGAGGCACACAAACCGUCUAUCGUCAAGAUGAGCACCAAAACCAAAGAGCUGGAGGAAAACAUUGUCGAUCUGGAUACGUUCAGCGAGCAGCACUUCAGGAGCAAGGCGCUGAAGAUGGCGGGCCAGGCCGGCAGCCGGCGCGGCCGCAGUAAGAGGGACGUUGGGCUGGUGCUGAUGGAGGACCGGGGCCACCAGUCUCUCGAUUAUGAUGCCGCCUGGGGGCUCCUGCAGCAGAAGGGCAUGGGAGCCCAGCAGAUCGUGGGCAUCAUGGAGGAGUCUGAGAAGGAGGGCGGGGUCACCCGGAGGAGGAGCCAGUGGUUCCACAUCCUGGGGGCGGGCUUCUCCAGGUUGGACGUCAGCUUGUGCAUUGUCUUGUACUUCCUCUCCUCCAUGUGCCUGCUGGGCAUGUACACUUUUUUCCGCAUGCGCAUGAGGUACCGCAAGGGCCGCCCAGCCUUCCCCCAAGCCUGAGAGAGACAAGCAGAGUGGCAGCAGAUAGCGGGUUGGAGAAGGGGUGUGCGUGCGUGCGUGCGUGCGCACUCGCGCGCAUGCGUUGCAUGCCCACUAUGCUCGUUCCUCAGCAACAAUUCAUACUCUGGUUUAUGGAUGCACAAAUGCGAAAAACACGCAGGUAUCUCACUCAGUUCUUAAUUUAAAUGGGUCUGUUCUGAGUGAAACUUAGUUGAACGCCACCCACGGCAAGUAAGACAGGCCUGCUCAUAUGCCACUGUUUCCACAGUGUGUAUGUGUGUUUCAUUUCUGUAUCUAUAAUGGAGUGCGAAUUGUUGAGCAACAUGUUGACUUAGCUGUCGAAAGGGGUGGUGGUUUCCAUUUCAGACCACAUACGGAUAGUGUGAUUGUCUGGGGCAGGCAUAGGCAACCUUGGCUCGCCAGUUGUUUUGGAACUACAACUCCCAUGAUCCCUGACCACUGGCCCUGUUAGCUAGGGAUCAUGGGAGUUGUAGUUCCAAAACAUCUGGAGAGCCAAGGUUGCCUAUGCCUGGUCUGGGGAGUGAAUGGACUUAAAAGAAAAAAGGCCUCUCCUUGUGGGAUCUUUAGCUGAACACAUUCUGACCCCCACCGUGGAAAUGUAGCACAUAUUCCUUCUUCAGAAUAUCAGAGUGUGUAACAAGGCUCUUGCGGAGCUUUUAUGCGGCUAGCUUGGGAGCAGUGGCAAAAUGACUAUUUUCAAAUAUGAAUCGGAGACCUGUAUAAUUUGUAAAAAGCUGGUUUGUUCCAGGAUAAAGUGACUCCCUGACAUGAUGGACUUUGCAGAUAUAAAGCUGAACUUUUUGUGCUUGGUGUCUUGGGGUAUCUCUGAGCCCUUUCCUACCUGGAAGAAAACUCAGUCCUGGUUUCUUGAAUUUAGGCGUAGAAGCGCCAGUUCCACGAUACCUUGAUUCGUUUUUACUAAACUGGAUUCCAAAGCUUCUGAGCCAUUGUGAAACUACCUUCAAUAAAGCCAAUGUUUGCAACUGUUAAAAAAAAGAGAGAGAGUUAGAACGCUUAUCUCUACCAUCAGCCUCAGCUGAACUUUUGGGUAUAUAUGAGUGGCACAGGCAUUUUAAAGGUUUGUCUCCUUCUGCAGUCCUUCCUAUGAGCUUGGCAACAGGGCAUUGUCAGGACUUGUCUGCCUCACCCACACAGCACCACCUCCUGCUCCCUGGAUUAGGAGAGCAAAGGCUAAAAACUGCCCCAUGCGGUCUUGGACUUGAAUGAUGUUGUAAAGACAGGGAAGGGUGCUAGGAAUGGCAACAGGCACAAAUGCUAUCCCUAACAGUCACGGCUGAGCAAUGGAGAGUGCAGAUCCCACACCUGAGAACCUCACAGCAAGCAUUUUCCAGUUCACAUUUUCCUGUUUUCCCACCAGCCAACCUGCCCACUACUUCCCUCUCACCUUCUUUCCAAGCCAGCUUGUGACGUGUGACCCUCGCCGCCACCCCAAAGGGACACCCCUAUCUUCAACACUAUCAACACCCAGCGGCCUAUGAUUUCAUUGCCAAUAAAAAGAGAAAAGAUGAAGGGAUAGAAGGACAAGGGGCAUGCGCGAAUCUGGUUCUGAGGUGCAGAUUAACUCCAUUUGUUCAGAAGGGAAGAGACUUCAAACAUAGGAGGGCCGUUGACUGAACAGACCAUUCCUGACCAGUUCCUCGGACUCCUCAGGAGCCGGCCAGUUCUGGUCCACACCAUCCCUUCUGGGUAACUAGCAUGCCUUUUCCAACUUGGCUGCUUAGGUUUUCCUGAAUGCAGGGGAAAACAGCUGGGUUUUAGUUUUAGAGACUGGAAGGGAUCCCUGACACGUAUAUGAUUGGUGGUUUUAACACCUAGAGUGGAAACAUAACAAGUAAAUGAACCUGACUCUUCACUAAGAAUACAAAGCAAAGUUAAUGAUAGCAGAACCGCCACCCCUAUAGAACUGAGUUUUCAAAUAAGACAUGGUAAAUACGCAGUUUCUUUUCAUUGGUGUCUCCCCGCUCUCCUUUGAAAGUUAAGCUGCUCAUUUUUUGCGCAAGUGCCUUGCACCAUCUCAUCCCGCCUUUGAAUAGCCCCUUUGGCCUGGGGCAGCAUGGCGGCUUCAGUGGCGAGGGGUGAGUUGGAAGUCCAUGAUUCACAUCUUCCCUCUGUCCAAAACUUAAGCAAACCAUCUUCUCAAAACCUCAACCCCGCACCUGCAGCUAGGGAAUGGUAAUACGGCAUGUUUUACCAAACCGGUCAGGAUUACUGAGGUGCUUAACGUAUGUGAAAUGCUUUGAACACUUGAAACCCACUUACACAGAUGUGCAUUAAUAUGAUUGGGGCUGACCUAUUUUUCCAGAUGCAUCUAAAUGCUUUUGUUCUUUGCUGGGAGACUUCCUCCUGUUACCUGUUGGUGUUUGGCUCGGCCCCUUCUCCUUUGUUUCUCUCUCGACUCCGGAGAGGUGCUGGCAGUUUUAUUCAGCCACAUUAUGUUCAGUUAUGGCAUCUAAAUGUUUUGGGGAAAAGUUAGGAAAGGAGGGAUAUCCUGACAAAACACCUGAAGCGGGUAGAUCAUCACUAGCUUCCCCAAGAUGUGGGGGCUGGACUGAUCUAACCCCUUUCUGGAUAAAAUUAUACGAAACCUUUGGAGCAGUGUACGUGCAUCUCAAGGGACUAACGUGCUUCCUCAAGCUCCCUUGAAAAAGGCUUGCCAUUCCUGCAGUCAUUUCCCUUUCCAGAAGAUGCUUCAGAUAACAAUGCAGUUUAAAAAAAAAGGAAGGAAGGAAAAAGAGAGCUCUGUGGAACAAUUGACCCUCUUGAGCGUUAACUGAAUCAUAUUUAGUCAGUAGGCAGAACGCAAACACAGGCCUUCUGGGCUGCAGAUUGUGCAGAGCUUUUCUGUGUGGUUGGGGGGGGGAAAGCUACAUUUGUGUGUAAAAGAACAGGAUUGUCUAUCCCUGCCUGUGGGCUGCUCUUAGAUUCUCUCACGUUUAAGUAUGCUUAUCAAUGACCCUGAAAGGCAUUUCCAUCUUUUAGAAAAACGUAGUUAAUUGGCACCAGUUAUUUGCCAAUAACUGGACCCAGGUGGCGCUGUGGGUUAAACCACAGAGUCUAGGGCUUGCUGAUCAGAAGGUCGGCGGUUCGAAUCCCUGCAAUGGGGUGAGCUCCCGUUGCUCGGUCCCAGCUCCUGCCCACCUAGCAGUUCGAAAGCACAUCAAAGUGCAAGUAGAUAAAUAGGGACUGCUCCGGCGGGAAGGUAAACGGCGUUUCCGUGCGCUGCUCUGGUUCGCCAGAAGUAGCUUUGUCAUGCUGGCCACAUGACCCGGAAGCUGUCUGCAGACAAACGCUGGCUCCCUCGGCCUAUAGAGCGAGAUGAGCGCCGCAACCCCAGAGUCGGACACGACUGGACCUGAUGGCCAGGGGCCCCUUUACCUUUACCUAUCAAUGACCCUGAAAGCCUUAGAUUACCUUUUCUCUCUUCAAAAGAACCUGGGGUUUUCUUUCAGAGGGUAUGAAUGUCUCUGUGUGCCCAAGGCCUACUACUGCUACAAGCAUCUCUGCACCCCACCCCCCAAAAAUGUACUUGUAUGUCUUUUUGCAGCAAUUGCAGGGCCUUAAGUAUUAAAUUGCUUGUGUUUAAAUGGCAGCUUUGAGAAGCUGUCAGUCCCUCUCAGGUAUCACUAUUGAGGAGGCUAUGGCAUUAACAAGGAAUGUCUUUCGGCCAUAUUUUCUUAGUAGUAGUUUGCAAAGGAACUGCAUGUGGGAUGCUCUGCUAAGAGACUAGAAAUGCGUUCCACUGCACAAACUGACAUCAUAGUUGCUCGGACUCUGUAAUAAAGUUGGCAGCAUUUAGGGGAGAGCUGCAUAUUCCUGCGUUGCGGAGGGUUGAGCAGCGCUUGAUGACCCCCAGGGUCCCUCCCGACUUCACAAUUCUAUGAUUCUAUGCAGUUUGUCAUGAUUUGGUUUGUUAAAAUAUGUACAAAAUCGGGUGGUAUAAAGUGUGGGACUUGCUUCUAUCUCCCACUGAACUGCUUGAAGGUGGUGGGCUGGUUAUUGUCCUUAUGAGUGAAACCGGAGACAUUUUCCCUUCAGAUGAGUUUGAAAUCUGGUUUAAUGCCACUUGUUGUUUGGUCGUUUAGUCGUGUCCGACUCUUCGUGACCCCAUGGACCAGAGCACGCCAGGCACUCCUGUCUUCCACUGCCUCCCGCAGUUUGGUCAGACUCAUGUUGGUAGCUUCGAGAGGCCACUAGAGGCCUGAUAAAUACUAUUUCAGUGGACCUGCCAGUUGGCCAUCCUUGAGUGAGGAGCUUCGUGCCUUUUCGUCCCCAUCACAAAGAAAAAUACGGUAAUUUAGUUAUGAGUAGGAAUGUAGGCCCAUCUCCAUGCUCAAUCUUCUUUUGCCAUAUCCUCCCAAAUGACUGCCUAGUAACUCCACAAUUCAUUUGGGACAAGUCUGACCCACUUCAUCACCAUAAUACUACAUGAGAGAAACUUACUGCCCCAAGUGGGUCAGGCCUGUUGGCGAUAUCUCCUUUUGACAUACUGUUCACGUGCUGACUUCUAACAAAAAGUGUGGAGUGGGGGGGAGAAGGAGAAAAGCCAGACCUGUAUAUUUGGACCACACUCUGAACUGGGGAAAGGGAGGGUGUGAACAUUCUGUAUCCCCCCUUCUCUCUGCACCCCCAGACCCCUGAAGCAUUUUAUAAUGGAACAGUAAAGAACCAGCCUCUUUAAAUAAAUGAAAGGAAAGUUUGCUGUCACUUCUUUAGAUCCAAAUGAGUUUGGCACACUGCCUUCCCUCCGUCUUUCUCCAUUUCUGCUGCUGCACAAGAAUGGUCCAAGGAGCAUCUGAUCUCGUGCUGUCAUUGUGUCUUAACUACAUUAGUGGAAUAAAUUUAUUUUUGCUAAUAAA